UUUCUAUGGUGUUAAAUUAGUCCGCAUAUAUGAACUUACUGCGCUAUCAAAUAAUUUUACUGGUGCAGUUUUUGUUAAUAUUAUAUGAUUUGUUUGCCAAUGCAUCCUCUGAAUUGUUUAGUCACGUUAAUGUUAAUCUUUCGGUUAUAUAUGUCGUUCAGGACCUAUGUAUACUUUUCUGCAGUUUGAUUUUUUGCCUACUUCUGUCUAGCACGUUCGUUUUUCAAGCGGGCUAUAUAAAUCUUCUCUUGUCACAAUUCAAAGAUGCUAUACUCGUUACAUUGUGCUAUCUGAUUUUGAGUAUUUCUUUACAUUGCUGGGGAGCGAUAUCGAGAUGGAACGAUCCUGCUAAGAUGCCAUCUUCAGUCGGAUACCAAAUACUCUAUGCUUUUCAGAGGACAUGUAAGUAAAAGGACUCAUUUGAAUCGCAUACACAUUUGUAAAAUUGUACUCAAGAAAAUGUCAUUAAACUCUGGUAUUCUCAGUUUACACUCACGUAUAAUGUUUUGAUCUAGUACAACUAUGAAGUUAAGCUCGCAAAGUAACUUGGCGAAAAUCAGGGGCAUUUUUGGUUUUACCUGAAACAUUACUUUAAAUAGUAUUUUUAUGGCAAAUAAAUAACCGAGAUGUUUUAUCUGAAAAUAUCAUGUCCGACUUCCAGUUUCUAACCAGUAAAGAUUCUUGAUUUUUGCAGUCAUAGCUGAGAAGCACAACUACUAGUACAUCUGGCUGAAGAAAAGUUUGUCGGUUUGGUAAAAACUGGAUGAUGAAGAGACGUUAUGUAAUACCACACUUUAAAGUACAAAUUGCUUAUGAAGCAUAAAUAUUUAUGACAGAAAAAUGCACGCAUUUAAGACUAUCAAAUAUGCUUAGUUAUUUUCUAAAAAUACUACAACUACAUAAGAUAUCAUACAGUAAUCCAUAUAAUCAUGGAAUAUAUGAACCUGUCUCGCUGAAAAAUUUGUCCCUCAACGUUAUGGUCUGUAGCCUGGUUCAUUCAACAAAAAUGCUCUUUGCACUUGAAUGAUCCAGUGACGUAUAUGCUGAAGUCCAUCAAAAAUGCCUGUAACUUGUGUUUAUCUAUUGGUAACCAGUCUGACUCAAAUAGCGACUUUUGAACUCUGACCAUAAAGCUGAAUAUAUCCCUACCUUAGAAGACUGCUCAAUGAAUGUUGGGUUGUUUACCAAAGUUUAUUGAGUAUGAUUAUUACAAACCAAUCAUUGCGCCGGACGAAAAUGGUACAUACGUCUUUCAGUCCAUCCUUAUACAUAUUACAUUUUUAUUCUCUUUGUAUUUAAGUACAAAAUUCACUUGGUAAAGUUCUAUCUGUUAUACAACCUUGACAUGGAAGCAGGACAGCUUAAUUACCAAGAGGAUGCGUCAGGAUAGAUAUCUAUCCUAUAGUUUGACUUGGAUAUAAGAGUACUUAAGUAGGAUAAUCACAGCAUUUCAAUCCAGCUGUGAUGUAUGAAACCCAUUAUUCGAAUUAAAUGAGUAAAUGGAUCUAUAGAAAUGAUAGUCAUAAAAAUUACAAUAUUGUAUUUCACUAAAAACAAUGAAGGAUUAUCAUUUCCGAAUUCACAUAAGCGUUUCAUAUCAAAAGUAAAGAUAACUUUCAUGUAAUAGGUUUUUAAAUAAUUAGCAACUAUUUAGAUAUUUUUUAUAGCAUGUUUAUUUACUGACUAAUGUCAAGUAACAUUUGUACUUUACUAAAUUUUAAUUAAGGGUCAGUAUUAUACUACUUUUUUUACAAGAGAACAAUUUAUCGACUAGGAGAUUCUAGAUAUUAUGAAGACCGUGAAUGGAUAAAGAAACAAAUCGAAAAUAAUUCUUGAAGAUAAAAAAAUCAUUAUUUAUAUUUGAAAAACUGCAUACUUCUGACUAUCUUUGUGUAGCAAACAACAUCUCAAAUAAAUGAUUUUAUGUGCAAAUUAGCUUACCUAAAAUUAUCCAAAAAGAAUGUUAAAGAUACUUUAGUUUUUAAUUUGACCCUUUUACUUGCCGAUUUCUCUCAAUAUUUUUAACCUAUUCAUUGCUGUGUUAAAAACGACUAGGGUCCAGUAAGGAAGUUGUCAAAUAAAAUUAUGAGGCUUUGUUCCUUAACUUGAUCAGGAUGUAAAUUAACAACGAUAUUAAUCUUAGAAAAAUUCCCUUCAUUGGUAAUAAUUUUCUUAGGGGGGUCAACUGGAUAAUCAAGCUAAGACAAACCACUCACAACUCUGGUGUUUUUGCCUUGAAAACAAUUUUAGAACUUUUUUCGUGGAAUCCGAAUUGUACCGGGAACGGCCUACCAAAGUAGGGAUGGAAUAUUAAUACACGCCAAAUUUACGGUUCCGAAUGGAGUGUAGCGGAUAAAUGUAUUACUAUACGAAUCAGUCAUGCACAUCAACAUAAGUGCCAUAAAGAGGACUUACAACUAUAAUAGACAGGUACUAGUUCCAAGAACAAUUUUUUCUCGACAGAACUUUCGACUCUACUUGGAUUCUUACUCAAGCAAGCCCCGGUUGGGUUAGAAUUAGGAACAUUUAUAAAUAGCUAAAUCUGAGACUAGAGUAUACCACUUUAGACUCAUGUUGAGAAUAGUGUCUUUAAGUUAUAUAUUUUGCUUCGCAGAGACCAAGUGAAUUAAUAACUGGACAACAAAGCAAUAACGCGGGAUAAUAAACUAGCAUAACCAGGGAAAGCUUUAAUCUGACUGACUUUUUUGAAGAAUUGGCUGUAAGUAUCUGUAGUCAGUCAUAUGCACCGUGGAACCUCGUAAAUAUAUGCGUGGGUUUGACAUGCAAAAAAUAUCAACACGGUAGAGCGAAGUUAUCGAGAUGAAUGUUGGUAAGCCUCAAGUGUAUUACAGAACCAUUUGGGAUCGAAAAAGUGACUUUAAGGUCAAAGCGUGUAAAUCGAUCUUGAACGAAGUUUUUCGAAUCAUAUUAGAUCAAGGUGUUAACUGUGGAUCAUAUAAUGAUUACGUAUAAUAAGGAAAGUAUCAUUUACUAUUUAAAGGAUGUUAGAUUGCUAGGAAAGUACUCACAUGUAGAUGAGGAAACGGAAUAGCUGUUUAAGAUUGGGAUUAUGAAUUGUGAUAUAUAUAAUAGGCCUGAACAUUGCUCUUGGUCUUAAACUUCAACGUCGAAGGACCUAUAACCAUAUUAGAAAAGUUCAUUAUUCACCUGAAAACAAAACCAGUAGAAGCAACAGCAGUGUUAGUGAUGGUAAAAAAAAUAGAAGUAACGAAUAUGAUAUACG